AUGCGAUACAGCGCGACCAGUUCAAAUGAAUCUACCGCAUCGCAUUGCAAGCACUCUUCUGUUCCUGCAACCUCGAAUCCCAUGGAGCUGCUCACACAUAUAUUUGGAACACAUCCAACUGCCCUGCGUCUGCAUCGGCAGCUCAUCAUCUCAUUGGCCAACGGAGAUGCGGAGUCCGCGGUGGAUCUGGCUUCAAUACUGGCGCAUACUAUCCGUAAGGUUCUCGAUAAGGAGGAGAAAAACACUGAUUCAGCGUCUUCGAUGGAAUCGGAUCUUCAGACAGGAAAAUCUCCUGAGGAUAAAUACGCUUUACCUCUUGCGUCUUCAGACGACUUAGACGAGUCCAUGGCAAUCGCAGAGAGGCAGAUAAGCAAAAUGUUGGCGUCAGAAGAUCUUAAGCAACUCCAAAGUGGUGCACCGGAGAUCGCUCAAGGAGUGGGAUCACUGAGCAGCCCUCGUCCGUCUUUUUGGCGCUCCCCGGAUUAUCUCUGCAUCACAACCCUCGAAUCGAUCUACGAGGCGGUCUCCUCUGAAGGGGGCGAGGACGGCCCGCUUACGGUCGCUGGGGAACGCGGCAUCGUGCAGGAAGGGCAGGAGAUGGCGAUCUUGGAUCAGUACCUCGUGAAGGAGGCGGGCCGGCUCAGUGCACAAAAGAAUGCGGUGGCGAAAACGAUUUUGGAAGUGGCUCGGGCACUUGAUCUGAUGCCGGAGGAUUUGCACGCCGCGGAGGGGGCGUCACUUCGUCAUGGACUUGUGCAGCCGCAUUCUCAGCAGCUACCCGGUGAUGCAUCCCGCAUCAAUGCCCUGCGCCACUGCAAUCUCGUCGUCCGGGCAGAAGUGCCCGAUAUGGGAAUUCAAAAGGACGAUGAUACCCUUAAUGUCAGGAUUCGUGAGGAGCUUUCGAUACUGAAGAAGCGUAUGCGUGAGAGCGGAGCACCGCUUUCGGAUACUGAAGAGAAAAUGGCAACUUACGAACUUGUAAUGAUGCAUACAACCAUGCGUUACGUGGUGGGCAUUCACCGAGACCUGCAGGUCGCCCUCGAUCACAGUGCGGGUGUUACGAAAUACAUGCAGAAGUUGGGUGUCAAAAAUCAAAAAGGUUCUGCUUUCUUCAUUCAAAGAGUAAUGCAAGCAUUGCACCUUACCCCAGAACAGUUAGCAAGCCUAGAGGGGGACGAAACCAGCGCCGAUUAUCCCUCCGUGGAGCGGCUCGAGCGAACAGAAGCCAUGCAACGGCCUGUGUUGCCCUACACUUACAUGCUCAAAUGCUGCUUAUGGUUUAAUAUUCCAUCAGGAAGCGAGAGUUAA